GACCAUGUCUCGCGCUUCCUGCCGCUGCGGGCCGCUGCUUCCCGCGCUCCUGGUGGCGCUGGCCGCGUCGUGUGCCGCGUCUUCCCGGCCCGCCUUCCACGUGUCCGAGGACGCCUACCUGAACACGCCGGAGCGUGUGCAGAAGUACGGCUACCCGGUGGAGGAGCACUGGGUGACGGGCGAGACGGGUUACGUGAUGCGCGUGUUCCGUGUACCGCGCGGCCGCCCGCAGUCGCAGAAGCAGGCCCAGCCGCCAGACUCUGCUCGGCCCGCCAUCUACCUGCAGCACGGCGUCGUCGCCAGCUCAGACAUCUGGCUGCUGCUCGGCGAAAAGUCCUUUCGAGGAGUGCGAGAACACGCCGGCACCGCGGGUGGUACGCAUGAACUGCUGGAUGGAAGGCCGCGCGGGAUUAGCCGAGCGGUCUUAGGCGCUGCAGUCAUGGACUGUGCGGCUGGUCCCGGCGGAGGUUCGAGUCCUCCAUCGGGCGUGGCUUUCGUGCUGGCAGACGCUGGCUAUGACGUGUGGCUGGGCAACGCUCGAGGCAACGUGUACUCCACCAACCACACGCGGCUGGACCCCAACAGCGAGGAAUUCUGGCAGUUCAGCUGGCACGAAAGCGGAAUGGAGGACCUGCCGGCGGUGGUGGACUACGUGCUGCAGCAGACGCGCCGGCCGGGGCUGGUGUACGUGGGGCACUCCAUGGGCGGUACCAUGUUCUACGUGCUGGCCUCGCUGCGGCCCGAGUACAGCCGCAAGGUGCGGGCCGCGUUCCUGCUGGCGCCUGCCGUCUUCAUGUCAGACCUCUACAGCCCGCCGCUGCGCGCCGCAGCGCCUCUGGCGCAGUCCAUCGCCGUGGCGUCGAGGGCGCUGCUGAAGGGCCGCACGCCGCCGCUCAGCCUGCCGGUGGGCCACCCGGCCACGCUGCUGCCCGCCGUCGUCGCCUACUCCGUGCUGGCCGGCUUCAGCGACCUCGAGGACGAUCACCUGACGAUGGCGGUCUACCUGACGCACGUUUCUCAGGGCGGCUCACUCAGGCAGGCGGUCCACUAUGCGCAGGAGAUCCUCAGCGGUCACUUCCGUCAAUUCGACUAUGGCCGCGCGGGAAACAUGCGGCGCUAUGGUCGCGCUACACCACCGGACUACCCGCUGGAGAAAGUCGCCAUCCCACACAUGGUCAUGUAUGGCGAUGACGACUGGUACGUCUCCAUGCAAGACGUGAAACGCCUGCAAGAUGCUCUACCCAAAAACAUCGUGGAGAUGUACAGGGUGCCCGAGGUCGGCUUCACACACAUGGACUUCAUGUGGGGACGUAACGCCAGAAGACUGAUCUACGACAAGAUCUUGGCUUCGAUUGUCAACACGGAGCCGCCGAUCGACGAGAGAUCUCUGCGGAAGCGGCGAAGCAAACGCUCCAACGCAGAGGGAAAAAGGCGGGACUGAGAACUCAUUGCGGUGUGAAGACGUAGACACUUGCGUACUGAAGAGGAUACAUACUCAUUGUGUUAUAUCUACCUCACCUGACCUUACUGUGAUGGAAAUACGUACACACUUACCUGCUGAAGCGGAUGCAUACUCAGUGUGCUAUAUCUACCUCAUCUGACGAAAGAGCUUCAGAUCGCCAGGCAUGACUGCAUAAGCAGCUCGACACGGCGAUCUGUAGCGAUGGUCGCUUAUACUUUGGUACUAUUACGAAAUAUGGGAUGGCAGCACUAUAGUACCGCCUACUUUAGACCACAGAGUAACAGUUAAAAUCUUGUGUGCCGGACCGAGACUCGAACUCGCGACCUUUGCCUUUCGCGGGCAAGUGCUCUACCAACUAAGCUACCCAGGCACUAAGCUACCCAGCUCUCCUGCGUAGUGCUGCAGGGUUCGAAAAAGAGCUUCUGUAAAGUUUGGAAGGUAGGAGACGAGGUACUGGCAGAAGUAAAGCUGUUAGGACGGGGCCUGAGUCGUGCUUGGGUAGCUCAGUUGGUAGAGCACUUGCCCGCGAAAAGCAAAGGUCCCAAGUUGGAGUCUCGGUCCGGCACACAGUUUUAAUCUGCCAGGAAGUUUCAUAUCAGCGCACCCUCCGCUGCAGAGUGAAAAUCUCAUUCCAGUUAUAAUCUUGCUUCACUCUAACAAUCUACCCAAAUAUAACAGGAGUGACAUAUGUGCCUAUUGUCUUGCGGCCACAAGUGGUCACCACGGGUCGGCAAUAACAUGUGACACAUUGUAGGAAACGCUUUAUGUCUGAUCCCGUGGUCUUCUUACCUUCAUCGUUGCAGGAAA